UGCCACCUGUCAGUGUCUAUCAGUGCCAGCAGUCAGUGCUCAUCAGUGCCACCCAUCAGUGCCAGUCAGUGUCACCUAUCAAUGCCUAUAAGUGCUGCCAAUCAGUGUUGCCUGUCAGUGCCGCCUAACAGUGCCAGUCACUGCUGCCUAUCAGUGCUAUAUAUCAGUGUCAUGUAUCAGUGCUGCCUUUCUGUGCCCAUCAGUGAUGCCUGUCAAUGCCCAUCAGUGCAACCUACGAGUGCCUCCUCAUCAGUGCCGCCUAUCAGUGUCCAUCACUGCAGCCUC